AUGAACUACGUACCGGGGACAGCUAGUCUUAUAGACGACAUUGACAAGAAACAUUUAGUGCUUCUCCGAGAUGGAAGAACUUUGAUUGGUUACCUGAGGAGCAUUGACCAGUUUGCCAAUUUAGUGUUCCAUCAAACAGUGGAGCGCAUCCACGUGGGAAAGAAAUUUGGUGACAUCCCACGAGGGAUAUUUAUUGUGAGGGGAGAGAAUGUGGUCCUCCUCGGUGAAAUAGAUGUGGAUAAACCCUGUGACACAGUUUUGCAGCAAGUCCCUAUUGAAGAGAUUCUUGAGGAACAGCGACUUCAGCAGCAAACCAAACAUGAGACCGAAAAAGUCAAGAUGCAAACGCCUCAUUUACACCAAACCAAGAAUCCAGGAGCGUUUUUGAUGGAGCUGGAGAACAUAGUAGCCAACACAGUAUUACUGAAAGCCCGAGAAGGUGGUGGAGGAAAGAGGAAAGGUCGGAGUAAAAAAUGGAAAGAGAUCCUUCGCUUUCCUCAUAUCAGCCAGUGUGUGGAGCUGGGGAAGACCAUCGAAAGGGACUAUGUCAAUACCUGUGAAAGACAACCUAUCGGACGUCUUCUCUUCCGUCUUUACUGUGAGACCAGAGCCGUUCUGCAGCGAUGUAUCCAGCUUCUGGAUGCAAUGGAAGAUUAUGAGGUCACUCCUGAUGAAAAGCGGAAAUGCAGAGGGGACCAGAUCAUCAAGACCUUUCUUACAAAAGACGCCUCACAACACGUCGACAUCGUGGAGGGCUUUGCGGACCAGUGUCGGGAAAACCUCCACACAAGUCCAUGUAAGGAGAUCUUCAGCAACUGCCGCAAGGCCGUCCACGACUACCUUAGCAGCGCUCCGUUCUCCGACUACCAGAACAGUAUGUACUUUGACCGCUUUCUGCAGUGGAAGAUGCUGGAAAGGCAACCAAUCACAAAAGAUACGUUCAGACAGUACCGAGUGCUUGGGAAAGGCGGGUUUGGAGAGGUGUGUGCCUGUCAGGUCCGGGCCACAGGGAAGAUGUACGCCUGCAAGAAGCUGGAGAAAAAGAGGAUCAAGAAGAGGAAAGGGGAGUCCAUGGCACUCAACGAGAAACUCAUUUUAGAGAAAGUCAACAGUAGAUUUGUUGUCAGUUUAGCAUAUGCAUACGAGACCAAAGACGCAUUGUGUUUGGUGCUGACCAUCAUGAACGGAGGAGACCUGAAGUUCCACAUUUACAACAUGGGAACACCAGGCUUUGAGAAGGACCGGGUCCAGUUCUACGCUGCUCAGAUCUCCUGUGGGCUGGAGCACCUGCACAGGGAGUCAAUAGUCUAUAGGGAUUUAAAACCAGAAAACAUCCUUUUAGAUGAUAAUGGACACAUUCGUAUUUCUGAUCUGGGGCUGGCCAUCAAAGUGCCUGAAGGAGAGCUAAUCCGAGGGAGAGUGGGGACUGUUGGGUAUAUGGCUCCAGAGGUAAUAAACAAUGCGAAGUAUGCGAUGAGCCCAGACUGGUGGGGUUUGGGAUGCCUCAUAUAUGAAAUGACAGUGGGACGGUCGCCUUUCCGCGCCCGGAAAGAAAGGGUGAAACGUGAGGAGGUGGAGAGAAGAGUGCAGGAGGAGGAGGAAGAGUACAAUGAAAAGUUUACAGAGGACUCCAAGGCCAUCUGUCGAAUGCUGCUGACCAAAGACCCAAAGCAGAGACUUGGGUGCCAGGCGGACAAAGCAGCAGGAGUAAAGGCACACAUAUUUUUCAAAAACAUCAACUUCAAGAGACUGGAGGCCGGGAUUGUGGACCCACCAUUUGUGCCUGAUCCUCGGGCCGUCUAUUGUAAAGAUGUUUUAGACAUUGAGCAGUUCUCCACAGUCAAAGGAGUCAAUUUGGACCAAACUGACAAUGACUUUUACUCCAAAUUUGCUACAGGCUGCGUUUCCAUCCCCUGGCAGAAUGAGAUGAUAGAGACAGAGUGCUUCAGAGAUUUGAAUGUUUUUGGACCUCAAGGAACGCGACCUCCGGAUCUUGACUGGAACCAACCACCGGAGCCCCCCAAGCGCAGCCUCCUGGACCGGAUCUUCAGGAGGCAUCAUCCAGAGGUGUCCAUCUCCAACAGCCGCGUGCAGUCUUCCAGCGUUAACUCUGUCGACUCCAUGUCCAACUCUGCCCCCUAG